AUGAGAGCUAGAUUUCCAAUUUCUUAUUUCUCAUCUUGCUACUUGUGUUGGCUUAUUUUUUUGGUCUUGUUUCAUUUGUGCUUGUCUGAUCAAAAGCAUGAUGAUCAUGUACUAUGCCUGGACUCUGAGAGAGACGCGCUUAUGCAGUUCAAGCAUGACCUCAUAGAUGAAGCAAAUUUAAUUGCUUCUUGGGUUGGUGGGAAGAGUGACUGCUGCAGAUGGGCUGGAAUUGUUUGUGAUAACAUUACUGGCCAUGUCCAUGAGAUUCAUCUUCCUGGAAAUGAUGGUCAAUGUGAAGCCGAUUGGACUACUUAUGAAGAAAUAAAAGAACGUUUCAAACAUAAGUUAGGAGGGCAUUUAAAUCCAUCGUUGUUGGAGCUGAAGCAACUCAAGCAUCUGGACUUGAGCUGCAAUAAUUUUAAAAAGAUCCAAAUCCCAAGCUUCAUAGGUUCUUUGAGAAACUUGAGGUAUCUUAACCUCUCUUAUUCGAACUUUGGUGGGAUGUUCCCUCCUCAAAUUGGGAAUAUUUCAGAGUUACGUGUCCUUUCUCUUAGUGAUUUGGAUGAAAUAAGCAUAAUGGAAAUGAAGUGGUUGUCAAAUCUUCGACGGUUGCAUCAUCUGGAUAUGAGUUUGAUAGACCUUAGCAAAGCUACUGAUUGGUUUCAGGUGAUUAACACCCUCCCUUCUUUAGUCGAACUGCAUCUGUCUAUAUGUGAACUUUCGAAUUGGCAUCCCCAUGUUUCUAGACUUAAUGUUACAUCCCUUACCGUGCUUGAUCUUUUUGGAAACGAUUUUGGUAAAACUUUUCCACGGUGGAUUUUCAAUCUUACAAAUCUAGUCUCAUUGCAUUUAGGUGACUGUAGAUUUAACAACCCUCUUCCUAGUGGUAUUUAUAGCUUUCGCAAUUUGGCUUCUCUCCAGACGUUUUAUGCCUAUGGGAACCAUUUCAUGAAUUCUUCAUCGCUAUUAAAAGGGUUGUCAAGUAACUUGAAAGUAUUAGAUAUAAGUUAUUGUGGUAUUUCGAGUUCCGUGCUUCAUUCACUAGAUAACUCGACAUCUCUACUUAGCCUUGACAUGUCAGGAAAUCAGCUAACCGAGGCAAUACCUAGUUCGUUGGGUAACCUUUGUGAACUGAAAGAAAUUGACUUGUCAUUCAACACUUUUGGCAACAUUAGUUUAGCAUACCUUCUUAAAAGUUUACUCAAUUGCAAAUCACCAAGCUUGGAGUCAUUAGACAUAUUUGGAUCAAGACUUUCUGGUCCAAUUCCUAAAUCCAUCAUACGAAUAUCAUCGUUGAAGACGUUAGUGCUUGCUAAUAACCGACUUAAUGGAAGCAUUCCUAACUUGAUUGGGCAAUUAUCAUCUUUGGAGGUGUUGGAUCUCGAGUCUAACCAACUCAGUGGAAACCUUCCUGUUAGCCUCGGUCAACUUUCAAAGUUGAUUGAUUUAUCUUUCUCUAAUAACUCGUUGGUGGGUUCUGUGACAGAAGCUCAUUUUGCUAAACUGGUGAGCUUGAAAAGUCUUGAUGGAAGCGGCAACAACUUGACCCUAAAACUACAAGUUGCAAACUGGUAUCCCCCCUUCCAUGUGCAAGCAUUGUUUUUGAACUCUUGGUGUUUGGGGCCUCAAUUUCCAACAUGGCUUCAAUCACAACGAGAUUUAACGUGGCUGGACAUAAGCAGCGCAAACAUUUCAUCACCAAUGCCUCGUGAGUCAUUUUGGAGAUCAUUCCCUAAUCUAACUCAUUUGGACAUGUCACACAAUCAUAUCAAGGGUACAUUAACUUUGGGUAUCCUUGGAACGGUUGAUGUACUUGACUUAAGUUUUAAUGAGUUUUCAGGGAAAUUAUCUACAGUCUCAAAUGAUUCAUUACUUCCGGUGUCUUUGUAUCUGUCUAAUAAUUUCUUUGAGGGAUCAUUACGUCAGUUGUUGUGUUUAAAUGGUGUUCAAGAAACACAUGUUCUUUCUUUGGGAUAUAAUUAUUUUUCGGGAGUCCUUCCAGACUGUUGGGAGAAGUGGCCAAAUUUACAAGUCUUAACCUUGGGAAAUAAUAAAUUGUCUGGUGAGAUUCCAAGAACACUUGGUUCUGUUCAGGGGCUACAGUUAUUAAACAUUCAUGAGAACAAGAUCUCAGGGAGAUUACCUAACUCAUUAAUGAAGUUGACAAGCUUAAAUAUCCUUCAACUUGGAAAAAAUGAACUUACCGGAAGCAUUCCAUCAUGGAUUGGAACGAAACUCUCUCUUUUAAAAAUUCUCAACCUUCGGUCCAACCAUUUGGAAGGAAAUCUUCCUCAUGAGUUAUGUUAUCUUUCACAAACUCAAAUUUUGGAUCUUGCUCAGAAUAAUCUAUCCGGAAAUAUUCCAAGAUGCUUGUACAAUUUUAGCGUCCUUUCUGGAAAAGAAACAAACUCGUUACCUGAUUUGAGUUUCAGUUUUGAAGGAUAUGAUAUUUCUGACGGCGGAUUGGCUAGUGCUACCGCCAGUGAUACAUUGGUGAUGAAGGGACAAGAGUACACUUAUAGUUCAAUUCUAGGACUAGUGACACUGUUGGACCUUUCAAGCAAUAAUUUUUCAGGACAAAUCCCAAGUGAACUUACGACCCUUGGUGAGUUAAAAUCGUUAAACUUAUCAAGAAAUGAGUUGACAGGAAGGAUCCCUGGAGAAAUUGGUGAUAUGAAAGCACUUGAAUCUUUAGAUUUGUCAAUGAACAUGCUUUAUGGGGAGCUUCCCAUAAGCUUGUCAAGGUUGAAUUUCUUGAGUUACUUCAACGUGUCCUACAACAAUUUGACCGGAAGUGUUCCGGUCAGUACUCAGCUCCAAAGCUUCAAUGAGUCUAGCUUUUAUGGUAACAAACUUUGUGGCACUCCACUAAGUGAUCAUUGUGUACUUGUUGAGGUGCCAACUCAAACAACAGGAUACGAAAAGAAAGAACGUGGAUUCGGAUGGGGGUUGAUUAUUAGCAUUGUGCUUGGAUUUGUUACUGGAUUUUGGAUCAGUGUGGUUCCAUUGAUAGUGAGCACAUCAUGGAGGGUUAAAUACUUUAGUCUCAUGGGUAAAUUGAUCAAUGUUUAUGGGUCAUAA